GUCGUCAGCAUCGGACUAUUGCCCCAGGUCGCGCUGCUCACCGAUUCGCGGCUGGCGCGGGUCAUGGUGAUCAGCAACGUGGCACUCGAUCUGGUAGUACCCGACCUGGUGGGCAUCGUCGAAGUGCAAGCAGCCAUCGUUCAACUCAUCGGCGCGGCUAUCGCGGCAACGCCCUCCCCGCUGAUGCACGACGAGACGAUGGCGCGCCUGCUCGCGCUGUUCGGCGAUCGGCAGCUGGCGCCCGCCGCGGCGGUCAGCGACGCGCCGAUUAACGUCGAGGUCGAACUGCUGAUCUCGGGCACGCUGUUCGACACUGAGGCGCCGUUGCCCGCGGGGGCCCACAGUGUUGCCGGCGGCAGUGCGCGGGGCGAAGUGUGCGGGGCGGUAUUCAUCCCGCGCGUAGGCGUCGCGGCGGGGCUGCCGCUGUCCGACGCGCCGCUCGCGAACUCGCGGCCGGCGCCAGUCGCGGGGGUCAGCGACGCGGCGCGCGAGCUGCGCCCGCCCCGCCCCGCAGAGGUCCAGCACGGGGCGCGGGCCACGCGGGCACCCAGACCGACCAAGCCAGCCCGGGCGCCAGACGGCCCUCGCGACGCGCGACACAACGAGGGCAGCGCUCCAGAGGAGACCAGGGGCAGGCGUCGAGUCGGCCCCGCACGUCGCCGCCGAGGUGCUGGGGCCGGAAAUGCUGCUCCAGCGCUCGCUGCGCUGCUCGUCUCACUCGUAGGUGCGAGGCUGCCGGCGCUGAAUCCCGUCGCGCUGCUAGAUGUCGUGGUUCUCGACCUCGCCGUGGUGCUCAACGUCGCGGCGCCCGACUCCGCCGCGCUCGAUCCCGUCGCGCUGCUCGACGCCGUGGCGCCCGACCCCGUCGCGGUGCUCAGCGUCGAGGCGCUGGCCCCAGAUGCGCUUUUCAAUGUCGCGGCGCUCGUUGCACUGCUCGUCUCGCUCGUAGAUGCGCGCGAGAUCAACGUCGCGGUGCGCUUCUUCCCCGCGGCGGGCCCCGGCGCGCAGUCCAACGUCGCGGCAAUCGACUCCCCCGCGCCGUUCAACGUCGCGGCACCUGACUCCAGCACCCUGCUCAACGUCGUGGCGCUCGAUUCCGACGCGCUGGGCCCGUCGCGCUGCUCUGCGUCGCGGCGCUCGACUUCGUCGUUGCCCUCGACGUCGCGGCGCUCGACUCCGUCGCGCUGCGCAGCGCUCAACUGCGCGGCGCUCGCCUCGGUCGCGCUGAGCCCCGCGCUGGUCAGCGCGGCGGCGCCUGAGUCCAUCGCGCUGCCAAGCGUAGAAGUGCCAGCCCCAAACGGGCUGCUCAAGGACGCGGCGCUCGCGGCACUUUCCCUCUCGCUCGCAGAUGCGAGGCCGAUGGCGCUGGACCCCGUCGCGCUGCUCAACGUCGCGGCGCUCGCCUCC